GACAAAGAAGAAGACAAACAGAGCAAAACUGAGCAAAGUGGAAGUUUCCACAAACAAAAAUAGUUAACGAAUUCGCACAGAAUGCACAAAAGUGCGCCACCUUGGCAGUGUCAUUGCACUUCAGCUGCCACGACAGCAGCUGAUGAGAAAGCAACACAAACUCGCGACGCUGGCAACAUAAAAACAAAUACAGUGAUAAGGUCUGCAAUGUACGCAGCAUCAUUAUCAGCUACACCACAAGCAGCAGUGCCAUCCCCCGCCUCCCACAACAUACAAUGGCUAGUGUUAUUGGUGAUGCUUGCGCUGCACACACCGCCGGCGUCGACGACUCACAUCAGCGGCGAAUUCCACACGGCCGACUUUUUUCAGUUCCUCAUCAAAUUUGGCUUUCAGAAGGCCGAUCUGCCCACUCCGCGCAGUCGUGAGUCCUAUGGCUACAUAUUCGGCAAUGUGACCUCUCCGGACACAUACAGUGCGCCCGUCACGCUCGUUGUGCUGGACAAGUCCAUGUUUGUCGACUUCUACAGCAAUCGCAGUUUUCGCAAUAGAGAAAGUGCCUGCUCGCGCAUGUUCGCACGCCUGCAGCACGUUGUCUACGAUCCGGAUUGCAAUCCCCAGGGCAAACGGGACUUCCUACGUCGCGUGCCCUGCCCGCACAAUCAGCUGUGCAUCGACGAGGAUGCGCCGUCGAAUGUCAUUAGCGGACAUCAAUUCACCUACGUCAUAGACUUGGAGGCGGAACCACGCUUUUGGUAUGUGGCAUUGGUGGCAUGUUAUCGGAAUCGCAGCACGUGUGAGUGGCAUGCCCACGAGAACUUCGCCCGUCUGAGCAAUCGGAGCAGCAGCCUGCUCACUACUCUGCAGUAUGACAUCAACUUGGUGAAUGUGCAUCCAAAUAACUCGGCCGCACAUCCGCUGACCUAUCAGUAUCCGUACGAUCAGCAGAAUCUGCUGGAAAUGUAUCUCAUCUUUAUGUUGGUCUACAUUGUGCUGCUGCCCAUGCAAAUCUAUGCUGUGCGUCGCCAGAAGCAUCCGGUGACCAAGCUGUUCACGCUCAGCCUGGUCAGUGAAUUUGUGAGUUUGGCUUUGAUUACGGCACAUCUGAUUCGAUAUGCGGCCAAUGGGGUCGGAGAGCCCAAUAUGCAGGCAGCUGGGGAUGUUUUGGACAUACUCAGCCGCACCACAUUCAUGUUGAUUCUGUUGCUGCUGGCCAAGGGCUGGGCGGUGACGCGACAGCAAAUCAGCCGCACAGGCUGGAUCAUAUUGAUGUCGAUCUGGGUGCCAUACUGUGCGUUCCAUGUAUUUCUCUACAUAUGGGAUCGGACGGAGGUGGAUAUCAUAUCCGAUAGCGAUGAGUAUCAGAGCUGGCCAGGCUGGAUUGUUUUGAUACUGCGAACUUCGUUCAUGAUGUGGUUUCUCUAUGAGUUGCGUAAUACAAUGAAGUAUGAGCACUCCAGCAAGAAGCUGGACUUUUUAUUGCAUUUGGGCGCCUCCAGCUUGGUGUGGUUCAUCUACCUGCCCAUUGUGGCUAUUGUGGCGUUGCAGGUGAGUCCCAUGUGGCGGUACAAGCUGCUGCAGGGCAUCACCAACUCGGCCGACUGCAUGGCCUACUGUGUAAUGACCGGACUGUUGUGGCCCAAUCGAGCCGGUCAAUAUCUAUUGCUGGCGGGCACCAAAUAUGCAGGCAUGGAUGAACUAGACGAGUUUAACGAGGCGCCACAUAUUGUGCGUGAGCGCGAACGCCGUCGCAAUUCGCCUCCGGAUGACAUAUCCAUUGGCACAAGCAGCGCUGGUGGCGGCAGUGUCGGCGGUGGGCGUGGCAUGGUGCUGUCCACAAGCAUUCCGCAUUCACUCAAUGGCGAUUUGCUGGAGGGGGAGGAUUUGAAUGCCGAGUUACUUACUGAUCUGAACAAGAAUAGUCAUAUUGUGGCAUAGUUGGUCAGAGAUUAGAAACUAAAUCAACGGCAGCAACGGGUUAAUUACUAAGCUUAGUAGUCAAAUGUGCUAAAUUGAAAAAGAAAAAAACAAAACAAAACGCCAGAAUGUUAAUCAUACUACACACACACACACCUACAUAUAUAUUAUUAYAUACUAUUUACUUACAUAUAUAAAUAGAUGUAAUCCAUAUAGUUUUUAGCAGCCUACAACGAAGUUAGUGAGAGUGCAAAGUGCAGCAAAGAUUGUUGUGUGAUUUAUCUAAUAUGCUUACAAUUAAAUAAUUAGUUUCGUUCGCAAAUUAAGCAAGACCUUAGAGAUACGCAUAGUUGGACAAAGAAAACGCUUGAGAAUUAUUUCAUUGUGGUACCAUAAGAGAACAAUUUUAAUUAUUAAUAUUAUCAUAGGCCCCAUAUGCAUGAACGACAUUAUCAUUCGAAGCAAGCAGAAAAAUAUGAAUAUUUUGAUAAGAACAAAUAGUAAAAAACUUAACAAUAAG